AUGGUGGAUUACUUCUCCAAGUGGGUGGAGGUCGAGCAGUUGGCUAAAAUAAGUGAACAGAUGGCCUUCACCUCAGUGGCCAACGCCCAAAGCAACAACCAGGUAGAGGUCACCAACCGAGAGAUCCUCAGAGGCCUACGAACUCGACUCGACCAUGCGAGAGGCAGCUGGUUCAACGAGCUCCCUAGCGUUCUGUGGGCCCUCCGUAUGACUCCCAAGGAGAUAACCAGCGUCACACCAUUUCACUUAGUGUACGGCGGUAAAGUGGUGGUCCCCAUGGAGGUCGGAGUAGAAUCCAACUGGCUUCAUCUCUACGAUGAGGGGAAUGCUGAGCGGAGGUACAUGGAGCUUGAUUUGGUGGACAAGACAUGGGACAAGGCUACCAUUCGACUGAUGGCAUACCGACAGCGGAUGAAGCAGAGCUACAAUCGAAGGGUGAUCCCAAGAUCCUUCCAAGUUGGCGACCAGGUUUGGAAAAGAAUCAAGCUGGUCAGCGAAGUCAACAAGCUCGAGAAUGGAUAUUAA